AUGCGCAUCUUCGUCACAGGCUCGACCGGCUUUGUCGGCUCAGCCGUCGUCAAAGAGCUGCUCUCCGCAGGACACCAAGUCCUCGGCCUCACUCGCAGCGACAGCGGUAUCAAGCAGCUGGAGAGCCAAGGCGCCGAGGCACUGCAUGGAACCCUCGAGGAACUGGACGUCCUCAAGAAGGCCGCCUCCGAAUGCGACGCCGUCAUCCACCUCGCCUUCGUCCACGACUUUGCCAAUUUCGCCGGCGCCUGCGCCACAGACCGGGCCGCCAUCACGGCGAUGGGUUCCGUCCUGGCCGCCGCUGGCGGAGGCCGCGCCCUGGUCAUCACCUCAGGCACCAUGCUGCUCCCGCGCGGUAAGCUGGUGGACGAGGACGAUGCGCCCGACAUGACCAACCCGAUGUCGGCGGCCCGCGGCCCCUCGGAGCAGGUGUGUCUGGACUUCGCCAAGCAGGGCGUGCGCGCCAGCGUUGUGCGCCUGCCGCCUACGACGCACGGCCCUGGAGCCUCGGGCUUCAUGAGCCUGUUCGUGAUCGUCGCGCUGCAAAAGGGUGUCGCGGCGUAUGUUGGCGACGGCCAGAACCGCUGGUGUGCCGGCCACCGCGACGACGCGGCUAGGCUGUUCCGGCUGGCGGCGGAGAAGGCCACGCCUGGGUCGAUCUUCCAUGCGGUGGGCGAAGAGGGGGUGCCGCUCAAGGAGAUCGCGGCUGUGGUGGGGGAGCAGCUGGAUAUUCCCGCUGUUAGCAUCCCGCCCGAGCAGGUAGAGGAUCAUUUCGGCUGGUUUCGGUUUGGCGUCGUGGCGGACAACGUGGCCUCGAGUGCGAAGACGAUGGAGCGGUUGGGGUGGACUCCUGCGGGGGUCACAUUGAUUGAAGAUGUCCCGGCUAUUAUCGACUUUGUGAAAUCUCAAGCAGCCUGA